UAGUUUUUAAAAAAUAUUUUCAAAAAUCAAGACAUUCUCAAGUCAAAUUCUAAAUUUAAAAAAACAAGAAUUUACUCCACAUUUGUCCAGCAACACAAAGUGAAAUAAAAAUAAAUGAAAACAUGUCAGCCAAGAACCUCUAUACAUUCUUGCUACUUUGCUACAAUUGUUUUCCAGACAUUAAUUAGUGAAAGCAGCUCUGUUAUCCACUUUGACCCCCCAGUUAAGAACAUGUUGGUCUUAGCCUUGGGCCUCCAAAUUACUAAAACCGCCCCUGGAUGCAGGUGAAAAACGUGGAAAUGUGCACUCAGCAGUUUUGGUCCCCGGCACGUCACUUCCCAGGGAAGUCCAAAACUUUUCCAUCUGGGCAGCAGCAGGCCCCGGUGGGAGGAGGCACCUUUAGGAGGAUCGGGGUCUCUGCCAAGGCGGCAGAGCAGAGUUUGAACCGCGGAGGCGGUCAGUGACAACUCUGGACCGAGGGUGUUUUCUUCGCCGAGAGACGCUGAAAAGUUAGCAUCCUGUAAAAAAUCUGUCUGGACCAGGAAGAGGAAAGUGUGGGAGCGAUGUGUGAGUUGAGUUUAGUGCGGACGGCUUGAGUUUGAAGCAUGUUUUGGUUGUUUGCUACAGAGUUCACUUUUCCGCUCGAUGUAGAGAACAGCAGAGCUCUGAGCAUGCAGCCUGUACGAACAAACAAGCUGGGCUGAUCCCGGUCUGGACUCCCUGCAUCAGCCCUUCUCUCAGGACGGCCCGGGGGGAGAUGAGUGCUCAUGAUGGGACUGUGUCUCGGCACCGAAGUCACGGAGGAGAAGAAGGCGAAGAUCCACAGCGCGAAGAUAGACCGGGACCUGUACGAGUCCGCUAAGAGGGAGAUGAAUGUGGUCAAAAUACUGCUGCUAGGUGCAGCAGAGAGCGGUAAAAGUACUUUGGUCAAACAGAUGAAGAUCAUCCACAGUAAUGGAUUCACAAAGCAGGAGCUCACCAGCUUCAAGCCUGCAGUGCUGGAUAACCUCCUGACCUCAAUGAAGUUCGUCCUUCAUGGUAUGGGCAUCCUGCGGAUCAACCUGGCUAACAGCAGAAAUAAGGUCCACGCUCAUUCUGUGCUGUCGUGUGGGCGGUGCUUUGAUGAAGAUCAGGUGCUGUUUCCUUUCCUCGGCCACGCCCUCUCCUGCCUUUGGGCUGACCAAGGGGUGAGGAUGGCGGCGUCCAGAGGUUACGAGUACGAGCUCAAUGACUCUGCGCUUUAUUUUUUUGAGAACAUGACCCGCAUCACAUCUCCAGACUACGUGCCCACAGAGACGGAUGUUCUACGUGUACGGCUGAGGACGACAGGUGUGAUAGAGACCCAGUUCAACGUCAACCACCUCAUUUUCAGGAUGUACGAUGUUGGAGGCCAGAGAACUGAGCGGAGGAAGUGGAUUGGUUGCUUUGAGGAAGUCAGGGCGGUGCUGUUUGUCGUGUCGCUCAGUGACUAUGACAUGACACUGGCAGAAGACGCCUCUGUGAACCGUCUUCAGGAGAGUUUAAAACUCUUCUCUUCUAUCUGCAACAACGUUUUCUUCCGCAGCACAUCAAUGAUUUUGUUCAUGAACAAGAUAGACCUUUUUCAGGACAAGAUAUUACACUCUGGCCGACACCUGAGGUUCUACCUGGCACAGUUUAAAGGUGCAGACUGUGACGUGGAUUCUGCCGCCCGCUUCGUCGCUGCUACCUUCAUCUCACUCAAUGCCACACCCAGCAAACUCAUCUACCACCACUUCACUACAGCAACCGACACCUCCAACAUCCAGGUGGUGUUUCAGGUGGUAAUGGACACGAUCAUUAGAGAGAACCUGGAGGCCGUGUCGCUCUUAUAGCUGCAGGCGGAGGUCCGAAAUAUCACUGAACUGUUUUCGCUGACCAUCUUGGGAUUUUUCAUUUAUAGAGACAAAAAGAGAAAAAGGGAUGGAAGAGAAGAUGAGGAUCACUUGGUCUAAAUCCUUGAUGCUCUCUGCAAGUGUCGCAUUGUAUCCUGUAAGCUCUGUGAUGACAUGGAGCUCAGAGAAGGGAAAUACUGAAGGAGAAGGGCCUCUUUCUUGUCAUCAGACUUUAGGGUUGAGCCUUAAUGUGCUGACUUUUUUGUUAAGAUGAACUUGCUUUCUUUUUUGUACUAUACCUGACUUUAAAUGGUGAUAUUGUUUGAUAUUCUUCCACACACAUGCCAUAUACUUACCAGUCUCUUCUUCCAUGUGUGGGCAGGACACAGAGAGUGCUAGGAUUUACUGUUUGUCCGUUACUUCCUCGGCACAGGGUUCACUCAUGCAUACGGCUGUGUGUUUGCCUGCUCAUCCAUCACUGUGUCUCUUUGCUGUCCACAUCGUGUGCGUCACACUCCCUCCGAAUAUUCCUAGAAUGUGUUUACUUACUCCCAGAUGAAGUCACAUGUUCCCUAAAGUCGUACCAGUCAGUGAUGACGUUCAUGUUAUAUAUUCAAAACUGUUUAGAAACAUCUCUUGCUCCUCCAGCGUGCCUUUAAUUGACUUGUUUUCCUCUGGAUAUUAUUUUUCCAAUAUCAAACACACACAGACACAGUCAUAAACCCUGAUUUGUAAACCAGGAUCAGACCUCCUAUGUGUGAUUUGUGUGGCUUUAACCCUGCUGGGGGCUGUUCUAUUACACCAACUUCUCUGACUCCAGUCGUAAACAAGAUAAGGUGAUGGCUGAUACGAAAGAAAACAAGAGGAAAACAACCUUAAGUGCCUUUUUUGAUGACGGGCUGGUGAGUAAUUUAGAAUCUUCAUUUGUGUGAUUUGGGAUUUUUUUCCACUUUCAGAGUGUUUGCUCCAGAUCAUAUCUCAAUUCCAAAAUGUAGUGUGUUCUCAGAAUGUUAUUGUAUAGAUUAUGAUUUGUGUUGUACUUAAAACUGCAAUACAGAAUUAAUGAUAAACUGGUAAGUUUAUGUAUCUUUUAUUCUGAGAAAUACAGUAUAAACUGAAGAAUAAAGCAGUGCUAGAAUCUCUUAUUUCACUUUUGCAUCUAAUUUAUGACAAACGUAAGCCACACAACCAGUCACCAGUGUUUGUUCAUUUUAAUAGAUAAAAUAAAUAAAAGUACUUUCCAGGAAAUCUGCUCUGCAGUCAAACUUCAGGACAUUUAAUACAUUUUGGCAACUGUGGGUACAUGUCAGGGAUAUACAGCAAAGAUGGGAAGUCACUGAAAAAUAUGGUUUCAAAUAACACCUUUUUUUCUUUUUUCAUGUACAGUACUUUUUGAAACCUAAACAGAAUGUGAACAACG